AAAAUAUCGGAGAUGGGCUAGUUUACCUUUGCAGUGGCGGGAACGAAACCUAGAAAACGCGCCACAGAAGAACAUCCUAUUCUGAUUUUGUUAGAGAGAGAGAGAGAGAGAGAGAGAGAGAGAGAGAGAGAGAUGGCGGAGAAAACAGCGGCGGAGAAAGCGGCGGUGGACAAAAAAGUAAUACCGGAGGCGGAGGAGCUGCCGAAGGCUAUCGUGCGCAGGGUGGUGAAGGAGAAGCUCUCCCAGCUGUCCAAGGACGGCGCCGACAUCUCCGUCUUCAAAGAAGCUCUCAUGGCCUUCUCCGAGAGCGCCCGUAUCUUCAUCCACUACCUCUCCGCCAUGGCAAAUGACAUUUGUAAGGAGUCUAAGAGGCAAACCAUCAAUGCAGAAGAUGUAUUUAAAGCACUUGAAGAAAUGGAGUUCCCUGAGUUUGUUGGGCCGUUAAAAGCUUCUCUUGAAGAGUUUAGGCGGAAGAAUGCUGGAAAGAGGUCUGCAUCAAAGGCAAAGGAAGCCAAUAAGAAGAAGAUAAAGGAGUCACCUGUGGAAAAUGGAGGUGAAGAAGACAUGCAAGAUCAGGGGAAGAAUGCUGGAAAGAGGUCUGCAUCAAAGGCAAAGGAAGCCAAUAAGAAGAAGAAGAUAAAGGAGUCACCUGUGGAAAAUGGAGGUGAAGAAGACAUGCAAGAUCAGGGGGACGCUAACAUUAAUGAAGAUGAAAAUGAUGCUCCUGAUGACAACUAAAGAAGCAUUUCUACUUGCAUACCUACUGGACAAAGACUGGGACAAGCCUCUCUCAUAGAAGGUGAGUCCGACAGUAGCGGUCACACACUAAAGAAUGGUGUUCUUUACCCUAACAACCCUGUGUUAUAGUAAUUUGGUAGCUUAACAGUGAGCUGCAGGACCAUUUUAUAAUUUUUUUGUUUUCGUUUUCCAGUACGUUAUCAUGGCCUAUGCUGAACUAGUCCACGGAAGCUGAAACAAAUUCGUUGUGCUCCAGCCAUCCUUGUACUUAAUCCUGACAAAUAUUAUUAUAUUUGGACUUUUAUUGUUUAGCUAACAUUUUUCUU